CAUGCCAAGUGUGAUUGAAAGAAGGACAAUUAAUAAAGUUUGUUUUUCAUUGUACUGGGCUGUUGUAAAUGAAGCAGGCAAACACGCUGAACUAUGUGAGUGUGAUUAAAAUCUGUUGAACUUUUCUUCUUGAAGUGGUAAUCUAAACAUGGAGCUCACCUCACUAAGAGCUGUUGGGAUUGUUGAAAAAGACCAAGAUAAUGGUUUAAUGUGGACAUGGACUUAUCCUUCACUUACCCAAGAUGAGAAACAAUAUGCACUGAGUAAAUGCUGCUUGAGUUGGAAUGAAAAACCUGAUGCGAGCAAAAUAAUUCCAUUUGUAUUUAGCCAUUAUAUGAAACAAUGGUAUUAUAUAUUUACUGCUGCACCAAGUGAACCAACACCUCUUAAAUCGGUCGCAUAUUUUUCCAUUGUGCUUCUGGCCAGCGAUUUCAACCCAGAAAAAUAUGCUGUUCUUACUCGAAUACUAAGCAAGUUCUAUGAAGAAAGUGGGAACCCUGUCCGAAUAUUGGAGCAAUAUCUCAUGAUCGUUACUAAAGGCUUGUGCCACAGUAACAGCAAUGGAGUGUUUAAAGUACAGAGUUUUUCGCAGGAAAAAGCCUACACUGCUGCAUCCUUAAAAGAUGUAAUCAACGUGUUUGAAAUCCAAUCGAUCAUUCUGUACACUGCAAUCUUGCUCAAAAAGAAAGUAUUAGUUUAUCAUAAUAAGUUGGAACUUCUACUUGAAAUAACAAGAGCUCUGCCAGCAUUUGUCUGGCAUAGACAAGAUUGGAACUGCUUAUACCCAUGGGUGCAUGACAAGGAACAGGAGCUUACUGCAUUGCUCAAACUGCCUCACUUUAUUGUUGGAACUACAGAGGAAGAUUUACUGAAACAAGAAGAUUAUGAUAUUUAUGCAAAUGUACCAGCUAAAACUAUAACUGUAUCACCUCAUGCUAAAGAAUCACUGACUAUGGGAAAGCUGCAUAAAGACAUUGCGAAGAAAAUGUUGGAAAUCUGUGAAAAUGAAUCUUCCUCAAACAAACAGCUCAUCAUGGGGAUUGAUGAGAAAACCACAGAGCUGCUGGACAAGCUUCGCUCUCUUGGGUCUGAGACCGGCGCUGGAAAAACUAUCAUCAAACCUGAAGAUGUUAGGUCUAAAAACUUUCACACCACCACCACAGGAUUUUUGAUCAACCUUGCCAUUUCUGAGCAAUUGCUUGAAUUUGAUUAGUGUUACACUGUUGUGUGGUAUUUUUUCACUCACGAUAUUACUUUCACGUGUUGUGCAUCCUGAUUUCAUUUGAUUACGUCAUUAAUGACGACACGAUCGUAGGGCCACAGCGUCUUCGCGAGCGAAACAGUUCGAUCAUUUCGUUUCACUAUAUUAUUAUACUUAUCGUUUAUGGUUCAUAAAAUAAUUGAGCCGCGGUCGAAACGCUGUCUGAGCAGAACAAGUGAUUUUUAAAUUCUUAUAUUAUAACCUACAUGUGCAAUAAACGUUAAGCAUAAUCCUAAUUUUUACUCACAUUGCAUAAACGUGAUCAAAACAACAAUACUGCUAUAUAAAAAAACAAGAUUUGAAAAUGGAUUGUAAACAGCAAAUGCGUACGAGUCCAUGAGUUGCAAGUAUGGUAUAUAGUAGGGUGGGGGAAGAUGGAACACCUUUUCGUUUUAUUUUCUCGUCCUAUUUGGUAGUAAACAAAGAAGAGAACUACAAAAUCGUAUUCUUGCCACUUCUAUAGAUCGUUAUUAAAUGUUUAAAACACAAUCAGGAUAUUUGAACAUUAUGUGCUAAAGAUGCCCCAUUUUUCCCACAGUAGUCUAUGUAAACUUGACGUGGAAAUAUUAAAACAUAAAAACUGCAAUAAUAAGAACAGUUCGAACAUUGUA